AUGGCCUUGCAAUUGCACAUUCGACCGCUGAGCGGGAAUACGCUGACGCUAACAGCAAGCUCGGCGGAGACCGUCGCCAGCUUGACCACCAGGGUACGUGCCAUGUGCGGUGAUGUGGCUGGUGAAGGAUCAGCUUUUCGACUGUGUUUGGUUUCAGGGGAUCGCUUGACUGUGCUGGAUGAGUCCAGUUCCCUCACGGCUUCUGGCGUUCCCGACGGAGCGAUGUUGCUGGCGAGAAGACCUCACCAUGCCGCACACUUGACGUUGGAGAAGAAGAGUGACACCAUGAGCCCCAUGUUUUGGCGCUAA